ACUAGCAAAGGACCAGAAUGAAAACCCUAGCCCCAGCAUCCUUUACUACUUUCUUUGCUAAAAGCAAGCAAGAAAGGAGCAGAGGUUCAGUGUCCGAGAGAGAAGCAGCCGUAAAGCUCGAAACUCUGCCGCCAUGGGUCGUAUGCAUAGCCGAGGUAAGGGUAUUUCCGCAUCUGCUCUUCCGUACAAAAGAACUCCACCUAGUUGGCUCAAGAUCUCCUCUCAAGAUGUGGAGGAGAACAUUUGCAAGUUUGCGAAGAAGGGUUUGACCCCAUCUCAAAUUGGUGUCAUUCUCCGUGAUUCACAUGGGAUUGCUCAGGUGAAGAGUGUUACGGGCAGCAAGAUUUUGCGGAUACUGAAAGCCCAUGGCCUUGCUCCUGAAAUUCCCGAAGAUUUGUACCACCUGAUUAAGAAAGCUGUUGCCAUCAGAAAGCAUCUUGAGAGGAACCGCAAAGACAAGGAUUCCAAGUUCCGGUUGAUCCUGGUUGAGAGCAGAAUCCAUCGCCUUGCCCGCUAUUACAAGAAGACAAAGAAGCUUCCACCCGUGUGGAAAUACGAGUCGACUACUGCCAGCACCCUUGUGGCCUAAGGGAAGACACUGUUGGAACCAGCUUCUUGCGCUUUGAUUGAUGGACGCCUGGAUAUGGGUUGGAGUAGUAAAGUUUUAAUUACAUGCUAUAUUUAUGCUUUUAAAGAACCAGUUCACAUUAUGGUUUGAAAUUGAGAUACUUAGGAGGGAUAAUAUUAUGUUUAGUGAUCAGAAUCAUUUUUCUUGUCCAUUUAAAAUGUGUUGACGUUUUGGAUCUUAUCUUCAAAAUGUUGUUACGUGGAUUUAUGUUUCCGAA